GUGGAUGCUAAUAUACAUGUACAUACUCAUGCGCGCUGUUGUGACGAUACUAUAAUCGAUAGCGCAAAAAACUACGUUGUUCAACAUUUAGGUGGAUCACGGACCAUUUACACAUGUACAAGCUGUCGUUUAGUGCCACAUGGGAUGUGGAAAGAGUUUGAAAAUGAAACCUCCAAAUAAUUGCUGUAGAAACGUCCAUACUUGGGUAGUUAUUUUGAUUGUUCUGUUAGCAGGACUGCUGAUUUAUGUGUUACAGGAUCGUCAGUUGACUGUCUUGAGCAACACUGGUCUUUUCCGCGACGAGGAAACGACGGGGCAGCAAUGCCGACCGUCGCCGCACAUCCAGGGGGCCACGGGGAGGGUUUAUCAGCUCAGCAAAGCCAGGACUUAUGAAGGGAGAAGGGAGUUGGCGCCGGCGACAUCGACAUCCUGUAAGCCGUACAGCGCCCGAGCAGGCCGGCGCUGCGAUCGGUGGAUCGUGGUAACGACCAUCCACCCUUCCACGCCGAUCCUCCGGAAAAUCAGCUCCCUGUCCGGCUGGUGCAUGGUCGUAGUGGCGGACAAGAAGGGACCGGUGUCCAUGGACAUCCCCAACGUGGAUUACCUGGAUGUAGUCCAACAGGAGAGCUGUGGCUACCAAAUCUGCCGCCUGUUGCCCUGGAACCACUUCGGAAGGAAGAACAUCGGGUACCUGUACGCCAUCGAACACGGGGCCGAGAUGAUCUAUGACACCGACGAUGACAACCAGCCACUAUUUGACGAAUUGCCGGCGUUUGACAACGUCGGUUACUCCAAGCAGUUACAUGUAGCGGGGCACCUCUGGAAUCCUUACCCUCAGUUUGGUGCCAACACCAAGAUGUGGCCCAGGGGGUUUCCCCUCAGUCGCAUCACAGAUCCCGCCACUAAGAGGGUGGAUGUGAUAAACGGGACGGUGGCCGCAAGACGAGCGGGCGUGGUUCAGUUUUUGGCCCAACAUGAUCCCGACAUAGACGCUAUCUACCGUUUGACCAACGAGCUCCCGUAUGAGUUCGACCCCGCACCCCGCCGGCUCUUCGUACCCGAGCGAGUUAUGUCCCCGUACAACGCCCAGGCCACCUUGCACGCACACCAGGCUUUCUGGGGGCUGCUCCUGCCAGUCUCGGUCCACGGCCGCGUUUCAGAUAUCUGGCGGAGCUACUUCACGCAGCGUCUGCUGUGGGACAUCGGCAUGCAGGUGGCUUUCCACUCGCCCUUCGUGGUGCAGUAUCGCAACCCCCACAACUACAUGGCCGACUUUGACAGCGAGAUGGACUUGUAUUACAAAGCCGAAACCCUCGUCAAAUUCCUACAAGAAUGGACACCGGAAAAGUCUUCCACCUCCCUGCAACAAAAACUGUUAGACUUGGCAAUUCGACUGUAUGAGUUUGAUUUCUUCGGAGUACAGGAUGUGACUUUGACGGAAGCUUGGAUUCAAGACCUUCAGUGUCUUGGAUACAAAUUUCCACUUCAUCCAUCUCUCAUCACACAAAAGUCAUUGGUUGAUGAUGAGGCAUUAUCAGCAACGUAUCUUCCCUUUUAGGUUAUGAUGGCUUUUCCAAAACCUCGAAUUAGUCUGUGGCUUAGGCACUGCUUGUCUCGGACUCGAGGAUAAUUCAGGAGGCUUAUAACACUCGGAUCAAACGAAAUAACACUUUUGGUGUCGUAUAAUAUUCUGAUUUGAUGUUGCACUUCACGUGCUCUUCAACUAAUUGGGUUUUUUUUGUCUUGUAACGAGUAUUUUUUUUCUUCUAUGUUUGUCGUCUGCAGCAGUAUCAAGAAAUUUUUAUUUUGGGUUUGCUUUUGCGCCUGUAAGGCACUUAAGAUCCCCUCUCCGGAAAAAGGGGCCUGGGUACUUGAAAUUUCGUGAAGAGAAGAUGAAUUAUUCAUGUAUAUUUAAUUGUUUAUUUUUGUCGAGUUGAUACACGAUAUAUUGUUAAAAACCACUGUGCCGAAAAGCAGAGCCGCUUUGCAGUGUAGUAGGUCUUUGCGAUGGCUUUUGCAUUUCUCGGGACCCUGAAAAGACUAUCUACAAUGUACACCGUGACUGACAUUCGAAACCAUGGGCCCAAUAUCACGGCGCUGCUUAACAGUUAGCACAAAAGUUGUGUUUAGCAUAGCAGAAAAAUUUGCUAACCUUAAGCACUAUUUCACGGCAUGUGUGUGCUAACGGUCGCGUGUGCAUGGAGAUUUAUCUUGUAAUGUCACUAAGUUAAGCAAGUUUUUCCUCUGAAGUAAGCGUGCCUUUUGCUGUGCUUAUGCUUACAGUCUCCAUGAAAUUGACGGAGGCUCUGUUAGCAAAAAAUCGUGUGCUUAUACUGAGCAGCGCCGUGAAAUUGGGCCCUGUUCUCGUGUUGGUUGAAUAAACACGAGAACCGAGUUUCGAACUAAUGACAAGAACCAACGGUGUUCGCGAACAGGAUUUUCAGGAUUUUCCCCACUUAUAGGGGAGUAGUCUGAUGAGGAACGUCAAGAACAAAGAUGGCGGAUUACGGCCCCGGAAUUUGCGUUAAUUUUUGUGCAUAAAAUUGAAAGAGCUCAUCAUUCAGUGCAGAAGCAGUAGUGAUAAAAUAAAACAUGACACAGGGAAUGGGCUUUUUACUCAGCCUUGUCUCUGCCAAUUUU